AUGGAUAGGUGUACACACAAAGGCACUGAACUAUGGUCUUUUUCAUCGGAAAAAGUCUCCCCUCGUGCAUGCCUGCAUCACACUUGCACACCCGUGCUCUGUUCUGCUGCCAAAGUGACUCGACUGGAAGAAGCUCGAAUGGAGCAGCACGCUUUUUCGCCUGCCUACACGCUUGGCGAGUCUGCGAUCCGUCAUUCCGCCUGUUACGGACACAAUUUCGCUUUCAACCCUCUCCUUCAUAUCCACCCCUCUCAGCUUUCCUCAGUCUAG